AUGGGCAACACCUGCUGUCUGGGGCGAGAGAAGCCGCCGGCGCCACCAGCGGCGCGAGCAGAGAGCGAGGCCGUGGUGCUGCUGCGGCGGCGUGCGCAGCAGUCGCUGGCCGCAAAGGAUGAGGCUUGUGGCCACCAGGCGAAGACUGCUCAAGACGGGCCAGUGGAAGCAGUGGAGAAGCCUCAGCUGGACUCCAAAGUGGACGCUUCUGCCGUGUGCCACGGCAAGACCGGGCAGCGUGACAGGGCAGUGGGUCCUGUGGAAGCUGUGAAGGAGGAGAUUACACAAGAAGCCCUCGACAAGGCCUUCGACACGAAGGUUCGCUUCUUCGUCCGGGGCCUUCAAACUAAAGGUCAGGCUGGCGGAGACGAGCGAGAGUGGGCUGCCUGCGGCGACGCGGGCAGUCUGAAACCAGAGAUGAUUUCCUGCCAGAAGGGAGAAAAGGCAUCAUCGAAUGGUCCGAACCAGGACAACUUCUGUUUGUCCGUUUUCAAGAACGGCUACACCUUUGCGUGUGUCCUCGAUGGCCACGGCAAGAAGGGCCACCUAGCGGCGACGAGAGCUGCACAACUCAUCCCCUUCCUGCUUCUGGAGCAGGGAAUUGGCGACGAACGCGUGGCAGAGGCCGCGAUUGAGAAGGCAUUGAUCCAGGCCUUCGAGAAGGCCGAUGCCGAUCUGAGCCGCCAUGCAGACAGCGGCUGCACGGCGGUGGCGGCCCUGUGGAAGGGCAGUAGUGUCUGGGUAGCCAACGCUGGUGACAGCCGCUGCGUCCUCUUGGAGGACAAUCAGGUGGUCUUUGCUACCUCGGACCACAAGCCAAGCUGGGCCGAGGAAAAGGCUCGCGUGGAGGGCAGCGGGGGCGAGGUGCGCGUGGAGGAGCAGGUGCCGCGCGUGUAUGCAGCCGGCCAGCGUGGGCCGGGACUGGGCGUGACGCGGGCGCUGGGCGACGCCGCUGCCAAGUGCUGUGGAAUUAUCGCCACACCACAGGUGCACUAUCUUCGCCUCGACACGAGCAAACAGGCGAAAGCCGUGUUGGCGAGCGACGGCAUCUGGGAGGUGGUGGGGCAAAAGGACUUGCCCUCUCUGGUGCUGGACGGCGCAGACACUGCCAAGCUGCAGUCAGCCGCGUUUGAGGGUUGGGCCUCGCUGACAGGAGGCGGCUACCGUGAUGAUGUUACGAGCAUCGUGAUUCCGCUGGGCUGCUAA